AUGCCCUUGCUGCUUUCGCUGCCGCUUGAACUACUGCUGGAGAUCUUGCUGCACUUCGACGGGCGUGAGCUGCGCGGAAUCAAGCGCACAUGCAAGACGUUUGCAGACCUCAUUGGGACUCAUCCUGCCUUCGAUGCGAAGCUCUUUCGCACGGCCAAGGUCGAUGUCGCAAAGCUCACAGGUCUGCAAGAGGGCGAGCUCAAGCUGCACCCACUCGUCAGCAUGGGCUUCAUGUUUGCAACGCCGUACGAGCGCAUUCACGCCUACUCUGGGGACCCUGCGUGCGGAUACUGGGACAACGAGGAGUACUGUUCUGAGCCAGGCUCGGCUUGUGACUUCCCGUGUUUCCAAGAGGCACGUCGCAUGCCUUACCUUCACACGCUGGCCGCGGUGGGCGACAAUGCAACAGAGCCUCCGGUGUCGAAGAUGAUCAUUCGCGACUGCAAGUCAUUCGACCGCUUUGACAAGUCCUGCAUGGUGCGCAAUAGGCUUGCGUCGGACGACACCGAGAACCCAAGAGUCGAGAUUAGCAACAAGAAGGACUGUCCGAUUACUGUCGCACAGUUUUGUCUCUGA